GGCCCUCAGCUGUGGCCAGCAGGAUGGAAGACGACACGGAGCUGAGGACGGACGGCAACUCCCUGCUAAAGGCCGUGUGGCUGGGGAGGCUGCGGCUGACCAGGCUGCUCCUGGAAGGGGGGCACAUCAACGAGAGCAACGACAAGGGCGGGAUGGAGCUCAUGGUGGCCUGUAGCACUCAGCACGCAGACCGGCAGAGCAGCAGCAAGACCCGCAUGGUCAAGUACCUGCUGGACAACAGGGCGGACCCCAACAUCCAGGACAAGUCAGGCAAGACCGCGCUCAUCCACGCCUGCAUCCGGAGGGUGGGCGGGGAGGUGGCCUCCUUGCUUCUGGAGAACGGAGCCGACCCCAGCCUGGAGGACCGCACCGGGGCUUCGGCCCUGGUUUACACCAUAAAUGCAGAUGACAAGGACGCUUUGAAGUACCUCUGAGACACCUGCAAAGCCAAGGGGAAACAAUUUUUAAAAUUCUCCGUCAUAACAACGGACAAGUCCCCCUCAGGCACCAAAACCACCAAACAGUGCCUUAACGUCCCCCCUUCUCCCAGAGCGGCAGACAGACAGUCGCCUCCCCCGGGUGCGUCUCCCUCUGCCGUCGAUCUGAGGCCUCCAGGCCUGGGCUCUCCACCCGCCGAGAAGGACGGUGACUUCUUCAGCCUCCACGGGCACCCGAGCGGUCGCAGUGCCACCAAGGCUCUCAACGAGCCCGGGUCACCCACCCGGAAAGGCGGGACUCUCAGACGGGCCCGCCUGCCCCAGCUGGAGAGGCUGCGGUCGGAACCCUGGGGCCUGAUCACACCCUUGGUGCUGCCGGCCUCGGCGUGCCCCGACGAGACCCAGAGCGCCGGCACGGACAGCGAGGUCCUCAGGAGCAUCAGCGACGUGUCCUCGGCUAAGAGGAGGCUCCUCUCCAGGACCAGCAGCAUCGACAGCAAGGACCCUUCCCUCUUCCCCACGGUCACGGGGCAGCUGCUGAGGGUUCCAGCCUCCCCGGCGCCGGCCUGGAAAGCCGCCCACGAGAAAGGCCAGGCUCCCCACCCGCGUGUGGCCCGAAGGGGGACGCUCCCUGCCAACCCCGAGAAGGGUGGCCUGGGCCCGUCGGGACCCUCUGCUCUCAAAGAGCCAGCGUCCCUCGUGCAGCUGGAAAAUGACCUCUACGAUUUAGCGUUGCAGCCGGGGGCUGACUGCUCCACCUGCCUCGACCCCGGCAAAGGGUCCUCAGACAGAAGGAAGCUCAAUGGCUCCCACGUGUCCCUCUCCCGCUCCCGGGAGUCCCUGGACGCUGUGCCCAGCGUCCCGGGCCCGGCACGCCGCCGGCCGCCGCAUCCUGAAAGGCGGGGCUCUGGGACUCUGCUCCCCGACUGUGUCUCGCACUCGCGGCCCAGCUUCCUCCCGCCUCUGCAUGCGAAUCUGAACCCGCCGGUUGGACAUCAGACCUGGCGCAAACCUCCCUCCCUGCUCGAGAGUGGCUUGAAGCCGAUGGUUCCCGUGGCUCCAAGUUCACCAAAGAGAGCUGAGCUGAGAGGUCAGAGGAGGCUGCUCUGGAGGCAUUCGAUGCAGAGCGAGCAGAUGACCCAGCUGUCUGACUUUGAAGAAAUCGCGACCUAG